UAAGCAGUGAUCACGCGCAGUCUGUUUUUUCGUUGUAGUAGUUGAAAAUUUGUUUUUUAUUUUAUUUUUGUCAAAAAACAUUCACAAAUAUUUAGAGUACAUAUUAAUAUUAUUGUAUUAAAAAAUAAAUACAGCAACUGAGAGAAUGUCGAAGUGUUAAGAAUUUUAUUUGUCUCCAAUUCAAACCGACAAAUUGCUCUUUUUUGUUUCAUUAAUUAUUGUUAUUUUGUGUCAAUUCAAUCAGUUUUAAUUGAACUGUGUAAGGUUUUUAUGUUAAAAGUGUCAGUUCUAAUCUGCAACUAGUGACAAGAUGGUAGUGAACGGUCAAACAGCAGAGAAACGGAAAAGUCUCAGCUUGAGUGCACUCAACUCAUCUGGGCAAUUCGACAUUUCCGAAUUGGUGAAUCGUGUCAUCGAACGUUUCGGUCGACAUCAAGUUCUAAUCUAUCUCUUGUUGUGCACAAAUAGCAUCAUCGUUGCAAUUAAUCACACGUUAACUACCUUCCAUAUUUAUACACCUGCUGCUUAUCAGUGCGCGGACCAAGCUACGGAAACCGGCAAUAUUCCAGAAAAUGGCACAUGCACCGCUGACUGCAACGAUUACACAUUUUACGAUAAUGAUACGAGUGUCGUCACGCAAUGGUCUUUGGUGUGCGAUCGACGGUAUUUGUCUGCCCUUUUGAACACGAUCUAUUUCGUGGGGGUCACAAUGGGUUCGUUGGUGUGCGGCGUAAUUUGCGACAUGGUUGGUCGUAAAAAGAUGAUUUUGUUUUGCUUGUAUGCCCAAGGCGCCUUCGGAACGAGCUUGUAUUUGGCAAAUUCGCUGGAAAUGUUUAUGGUUUUGCGGUUAAUUCAGGGAUUCUUCAUUCAAGGAUUACAGGGAUGCGGAUACACGUUGCUGAUGGAGAUGAUUCCGCCGAAGAAGAGAACUUUCUGUGGUAUUACGUGGGAGUGCUUUUGGGGAAUCGGUAUGGUAAUGCUCGGUAUCAUCGCCUACUUCAUCCGCGACUGGCGUGAUUUGCAACUUGCUUUAGCAGUUCCUACUUUACUGACUCUCAUCUAUACUUGGAUGUUCCCUGAAAGUCCCAAAUGGUUCCUCGCCAAGAACAAAAAACGUCAAGCUUUCGACACUGUCGUCGCCAUCGCCAAGAAAAACAACGACCAAGAAUUCUUCAAGGAAUACAAUUCGAUGCAAAUGGAGACUUACGAGACAAAUGAAAAGCAUGACCCCGAAUCGGCUCCAUUAAAAGGCUUCCACGAAGAGGAAGUUCACGAAACCGCGUCAAUUUUGGACUUGUUCAAGAACCGAAUUUUGCUCAAACACUCAAUUUGCAUGAUCACCGUCUUCUUCUCCGUCACCCUUUCGUACUACGGCAUCUUGUUGUACUUGCCCAACUUACCCGGCGGUCGUCACUUGAACUUUGUGCUAAGCGCCUUGAUUGAAAUCACGGCCUACAUUAUCGCGUACUUUGCCUUAUCGUCAAAUUAUCUCGGAAGGCGGCGCAGUAUGAUCGGUUAUCAGUACCUGAACUCGAUUUUUUGCAUGUCCAUCGGUUUGUUGACGCUCAUCGAGGAGGAUUAUGCCUUCAAGCGGUAUGCGAUCAUCUUUUUGGCGUUGGUAGGAAAGGGCUUGGCUGUUUCAGGCUUUGGCGGCAUGUUCAUCUACGGCUCUGAACUGUUCCCAACUUCGACGCGGGCCACAGCUUUGGGUCUUUGUGGAUUGUUUGCUCGUGUCGGAAGUUUAUUGGCGCCACAAAUUAUUUUAUUGGGAGAAAAAACUCAUUCAAUCGUCCCGAUGACAAUUAUGUCGGUUGGAUUGUUGUUCGGAGGAACAUUUACCUUCUUUGUCCCGGAGACAUUAAACAAACCGUUGCCUAAUAAAGUCAGCGAAGUCGAUGCAAUGUGGGGAAAACACUAAACUCACACUUUGGAAAAACGUACUUUUAAUGGAAAAAUCGAAACUUAGUGGAAAAAAUCACAUGAAAUCAAUUUACUUAGAAAGUAUGUCGAUGAUAAAUAGUUUUAAACUGUGUUUUAUAGCAUUUUUAGAGAUUUAAGCGAGAAAUGUGCAAAAUUUAUUAUACAUAAAGUGAAAAAAGACAAUUUUUUUCGGAAAAAUUAAUAAAUGUUUAACAUUUUUA